CACGGCCUCUGUUGACAACCUCGUUCGUUUUGGUAUUCUGCCUGCUCAGCAGAGAAUAAAAGCAUUAACGGAAUUCAAUUAUCUGCUGUCUGAUUCUACGCUUCUUUCCGCUCUGAUAGACCCGCAGCACGCCUCGCCAUCAUGCCCUCGCUCUUCCUCGCUCUCUGCGUGGCUAUCUACCCCUACCAAGCCCAGUCCCCGCAGGAGCUCUCUCUCGCCGAGGGCGACGUGCUCUACAUCCUCGACAAAAACACAGAGGAUGACUGGUGGAAGGCAAAGAAGCGCAUGGUUGGCGCAGAGGAGGACGAGCCCGUCGGAUUGGUGCCCAACAACUACGUCGAGAGCCUACCCGUCACAGGCAAGGCCAGGGCCAUGUACGACUACGAUCGCCAGACCGACGAAGAAGUCACAAUCAAAGAAGACGAGAUCCUAGAUGUUUACGACACCUCUGAUCCGGACUGGGUCCUCGUCGGCGUCCGCGACGAGUACGGCUUCGCCCCAUCCAAUUACCUCGAGUUUGUCUCCGACGCCCAGUUAAAUGCCGCCGCCGCUGCUGCUAGCAUGGCAUCCCCACAAUCCGCUGCCGCCCCGGUCGCUUAUCAGCCGCCUGUUGCCCAGCAGCCGAUACCGCAGCAGCAACCGCCCCAGCAAUACGAACCCCAGUACGACUCCCCGCAGCAGCAAUACGAAGAAACUCCCCCUCCCCAGCCUGUCCGCCCGCAAGCAACCGGACAGCGGUCAUAUCACUCCGACAGUUUCUCACACUACCGCCAACCCGAGCCGGAGUACGACGAGGACGAGGAAGAAGAGGCCCCGCGUCUCCCGUCCCGUCCGCGUGCGCAGUCUGCUCAAUCGAACGAAUCAAUUAUCUCGCCAAGCUCUUCUUCUCCUUCUAAGCGCAACACCGGUUUCCUCAAAUGGAGCGUCCAAGAAGUCGACGGCAAGAAAAAGUACAAGGCAACCCUCGGCAUCGGCAACGGAUCCGUCAUGUUCUCUCCUGAAAGCGAAAAGUCCAGCUCUUCUUCUCAGCAGUGGUCAAUUACGAACCUCGUCCACUACAACUCGGAGAAAAAGCAUGUCUUCCUUGAGUUUGAGCACCCGUCCGUCUCGCUCGACCUACAUGCCGGUUCCAAGGAUGCCGCUCAGGAAAUCAUGUCUGCCCUCGGCGACCUCGUCGGUGCCAAGCGCGCCUCGGGUCUGCGCGAAGUCAUCCAUGCCUCUGUCCCUACCGGCCAGCGUUACGGCCGCGCCCUCUACGACUUUGAUGCCGAAGGAGCCGACGAAGUGACGAUCCGCGAAGGCGACGACGUUUUCAUUCUCGACGAUUCAAUGAGCGACGAGUGGAUCGUCAUCAAACACGCUCUUUCUGGAUCUGAGGGUGUCGUCCCUCGGAGCUACAUCGAGAUCAUCCGGAAGCCGUCUCGCAAACCCACGAUUGAAGAGGAAGAAUCUCCGCAGAAGUCGAAGCGCUCUUCAAAGAGAGAGUCCCGUGUCUCUCGACGAGAAUCCCACAACGACUCACCGCCUCCCAAAGCACCCUCGAAGCCGAAACCCGAUCCGUCGAAAAUCCGUACCUGGACAGACCGUACCGGAUCCUUCAAAGUCGAAGCGGCCUUUGUCGGACUGCAGGACGGCAAGAUCCAGCUCCACAAGGUCAAUGGUGUCAAGAUUGCAGUCGCGGCAAACAAAAUGUCAAUCGAAGAUCUCGACUAUGUCGAGCGUCUCACCGGCGAGCCGCUUCGACCCGAGUCUUCCACCUCCUCUCGCCGACGCUCGACCAUGGGCGUUGUUCCAUCAGGUGGUGAAUCAGGCCUCGUUGCUCAGCGAACGGGCCAGAACGGAGCUAAUCAUAACAAUGGUGCUCGAAAAAGCUCUUUCGACUGGUUCGAGUUCUUUUUGUCCUGCGGAGUCGACUACAACAACUGCCAGCGCUACGCUAUCAACUUUGACCGAGACCAAAUGGACGAGUCCGUGCUCCCGGAGAUCUCGCAGUCGGUCAUGCGAAUGCUGGGCUUGAAAGAAGGAGACAUCAUUCGAGUGAAGAAAGUCAUUGAUGAAAAGUAUGGAAAGAAAUCGGCAGGACAGACCGAAGAAGCCAAUGAAGAUGGCACUACUCUCUUCGCCGGUCCUGGCGGCGCGCUCAAGAACAACACUAGAAAGUCAAGACCCGCCCCGGCGGUGACAACUUCUACAUCUGUCGACGGUAGCCUUUUGGCGGGAGACCAGCCUCCUCCUCAGCCUAGGCGGCCCGAACAAGCUCAGACCGUGGGUGAUCUACUUUCGUCGUCGGCCAACGACUCGCAAGCGUCUACCCCCGCGCCUGCCCCUGUGCAGCGACCUGAACCUACUGGGGCUCUCAGGGAUCUUAUGAACCCUCUUGUCCCGUCUCCUGCUCCUAUUCAACAGUCGCAACCUACGGGUCCUUCCCAGCAGCAGCAGCAGCCCCCUGCACCGCUUGUGUCUGCCAUCACCGGCCAGCAGGCUCAGCCGAACGCACAGUACGCCGCUCUUCAACCAAAGAUCGUGUACCAACAACCUCCUCAGCAGCAGAUUGUUGCACCUACGGGUAUGAUCAUCACCUCACAGCCGCAGCAGAUCUUCACUGCCGUCUCGGCGGCUCCGCAGCAGGUGCCGAUGAACACUAUCUUUGUGCAGUCACCACCGCCGCAGCAAGCCCAGCCUGUAUUCUACGGCAUCCAGCGUCCCGCGCCGCCUCCGCCUGUGCAGGCGCAGCCGCAGCCUAACGGAGGUGGAACUGUCUUUAUCCAGCAGACGGGAUAUCCCGGACAAUCGCCCUUCCAGAACGUGAUUGCCCAGCCUCUACAGGCGCAACCCACGCGCCAGUUCGUACCCCAAUCUCAAUUCGGCAUUGCGGCCAUGCAGACCGGCUUCGGCGGCGUCUUGCAACCCCAGCAGACUGCAUUCCAACCCCAGCAGCAACAAUAUCAACCGCAGCAGUUGCAGUCGCAACCUACGGGAUGGGGCUUUGGCAAUGGACCUCCAGGUGGUCGUGAUGUCAUGACACCGCUGGUCCCGACAAAGACUGGACCGCCUCCGAAGGUUAGCUUUGGCGUUAACGCCGUUCAGCCUACGCCGACCGGUAAGAGGCAGGCGAAUCUUGCCGCAGCAACCGCUGAAAAUCCCUUUGGAUUCUAAACUGAGAGUCUGUGUUAUUAGACAUGCUCAGUGUGACGAUUGAUUCUUGAUUCUCUUUUCCACGCACAUGCGCUCUACUCCGUGCCGUGUCAUAUUUUUGGUUCUUCUCGUAGUUGUUUUUCCUUCCUAGUGACUGUAUCAAGAGAAAAGUACUGCGUUUGUUUACUCCGAUGUACUCUAGCUACACCUCACCUAGAACCCGUCGACUUUAAUUCCUCGGGUCUUUCUCAACCGCUGUACAAUGCGUCAGUUCAAAC